AUGGCAAUGGCGUACUCUGCGCAACAGUAUCAGGCAGCUUGGCCGACCACCCCCGAGCCGCAUAGUGAUGCGGCCGAUCCCUUGACCAUCAAGACAGCACCGAUCAACGUCGCCCAGCUGUUCGAGGACGAGGGAGUCCGGAGAUCUUCCGUCGCGAGACAGAGCGGACAACGCAAGGCAGACUAUCGGCCUGCAUCGCUGCGAUGGUGGUACCUCAGUAGCUUGAUCGCCGUACUUGUCGCCCUGAUCGGAGUGGUCGUCUACGCCAACCUUGCGCUUCAAGGAUCGGAUACCACAGCAAAGAUCCAAACGCGAACGACUAAGCAGUCCCUGGACGAGCGACAGAACGAUGCGACGCAAGGAGACGAACCUGCCGGGGAGACAGAUGACGAGAGCGCCUCUGGUGGCCCAUCAACCGAAGCGGAGGAGGGCACGCUGACAACAGCAUUGGUGGAAGUGCCCAUCAGCUUCACUACGACGGGACCGCCCAUCACUGAGACAUUCACCACAAACACCGUCAGCUUUAUCACCAGCGACAUUGUCAUCACCACGACCCAGACCAUCCCUGGAUCCGUCGUCACACUGCCGCCUACAGCACCUGCAUCAUUGCCACCUGGCGAAACAGCGACCGCGCCGCUUCCUGGAGAGCCUAUUCUCAGCACGCUUCCACCAUCCGAAACGACGUUCCUUUUGACCGUACAGAGCGGCGCAUCAGUCACAACCGACGUUGUGGUCACGACCACCAAACCCGGCGAGGCAUAUGUCAAGCUGGGCAAAACAACCAUCUUCUCGACAUUCACGGUCGACCGAAAUGGGGAGAAGAUACAGGACUCUGUGACCAGGACCCUCACGAGCGAGAUUGGGGGCACAGUUGUGACGUCCGUGGAGACACCACCGCCCAUUAUCCAGGUCACCGUCGGUUUGGAUGGACUGCCUACCACCUCGACGACGUUUCCGGCUCCCAUCACGCGCACAUCAUCCGUUCCUCCCACCAAGGCAGUGAUCACCGUGAUCUCCACGCCGACGGGAGGCUCCGAUCCGCUCAUCAUUGUCGAGGGUACGGAAUAUGACCUCCGACCUGCCGAAGUGUUCAUAGGAAAGUUCCUCCCGCCUCUCGUGGCUGUCAUUGUCGCCCUGGCCGUGCGGGCCGUCGACAUGACCGCCAAGUUGUAUCAGCCGUUCGCCGCCCUGUCCCACCCUCGGGGCGCGUCCGGAAAAGACACGCUGACGUUGCAUUUCGAUGGCUGGGAGGGCUUUUGGCGGCCGUUUGGCAUGCUAUCCAAGGGCCACCUCGUCCCUCUCUUGUCCACGCUCGCCGUCUGGCUGUCGACAGCCUUGGCACCGGUGGCGUGUGAGGCGAUCGGCUUGAAGCUCCACGGCUCAUGCAAAUCGAAAUAUGCAGUCGGCUGUGCACUUCGUCUGGGAGUAUCGCCCCUGGAGUCGUACGUUCUUCUUGGUCUGAUGGGCACCGUUGUGGGACUGCUACUGGCUCUUCUGCUCAUUGUCUCUCAAUCGUGGAAGACAGGUGUCUUUGCGGACCCCUGGUGUCUUGCUGGUGCGGCAAGUUUAUGCCGUAAUCCAGAGAUACGGUCUCUCAUCGCGCUAGACUUUGCGGCCAUCAAGACGGCCACGUCCGAGAUGCACUUUCGCCUCGGCUGGUUUCGCAACGGACCCCGCGAGGAGUACGGCAUUGUCGUCUGUGAUGACCAAGAGCAGCACAGUCUGCAUGGGUCAAGGCCUGAAGAAUGCGAUGCCAUGAUGAGUGAAACGGGUCACUCGGAGAGCGCUCGGUAUCCUCCCAUCGGUGGCAGCCCGUACAGCCAGAUCCAGACACACAAGAGAGCGCCUUCGACGUUUGCAGCGCUCACGAUCUGGUGGCGCCUUUUGUUUCUGAUUUACCUUGUGGCUCUCACGUCUUUUAUCAUGUACUAUCAUCUUGGAUUUGCCCUCUCCGACAAGCUUGAAGGAUUCUUGGAAGAAGAGAGGUUUGGUGUGCGGUUUGCAUCUUCCACCCUUGGCGUCAUUGUGAUCCUUUGUUGGGAAUGCAUAUUCGACAGUGUCGCGAUUCUCGCACCAUAUCGUCGCAUGGCGAAUAAACCUCAAGGCGCAACACGAUCCGUGCUGGCAAAGAGACCGACAUAUUCCGUGACCGGCAUUUACGCCGGCUUACGGCAUCGCGACCCUCUCCUUUUCGGCGUUUCUGCCAUGGCUGUCCUAUCCGACUUUCUGCCCAUGCUCUUCGCCAACGUCCCAUACGACCUCACGCAGACCCAGGGUGUGCACGUGGUAUGCGCACGCACCAGCGCUGGUCUCUUGGUUCUCAUGGCGGCCGUUCUCAUCGCAAGUAUGUUUGUCAGUUGGCCGACGUUCCCUGUGGAUCCGCGCAGCAUUGCGGGUGAGAUGUGGUACGUUGCCGAGUCGAGAUGGACAGAGAAGAUGGAGGGCACGGCAGUAAUGACGGAGCGGGAGAGGAGACAAGCGCUGCGGAAUAUGGGAGGUCGCUGGUGCUAUGGUGUUAUCCAAUCGAGCCUGGGAGAUCGGGAAGCCGUGGAGAUGGAUGACACGUACGGCGUGAUUGCAUACGCAGAGAUGGAGAGACGUCCGACUCCUCUUCUGUACUAG